AUGCAAAGCAUCAAGGCACUGGAGACCCAGUACAAGCAUCAGAUGUCUGUAUCUGGGACGCCGACUGGUUCGCCGACGAAAAGUCGGUCCGGGUCUCCAGAUACGCGAAUGAACCCUGCGGACGUGUUUAACAAAUCCACCUCUUCUCUGCCACCCAUCCCGUCGCUGGCACGCAAAUCUCCCAGCCCGAAACGGUCACUGUUCAGAUUAUCGUACGAAGAAGCCGGUCCUAAGGAUGUUUCUCCUGAAGCUUCUGUCAGUGAACCAGACCAUUCAUUUUCCACGAAUCCACAGCUAAACCAGUCAAUCACCAGCGAAUCGUCGUCAUCGUCUCGCAAACCGUUCUUCACACCUAAUUUUCUUCUAAAGUCACAAAGAUCGCUUUACGAACAGGCUGCUCUGCCCAUCAAAAAGCCCGAAUCGCGUUCAAGUUCGGUUGAAGAGGACGAAUUGCGCGACUCUGUGGGGACUCUCAACUAUUUCGACCGCAAGGGGUACAAAGUGGCCAAUGAUUCAUACAACUCGUCGCUUUUCAAGAGUUCUACGACAUCGCUUGCUUCCGUCGCUAGUGAAAGUCAUGUGUUUAAAGAACAGCUCCCAGAUAGCGUGAAAUUGGUGGUUGAAUCGCGACCUAGCAACCAGAUCCACGAACUGGACGUUUUCGAUGGAGCACAGUACGCUGUGUUUUGGCAUAUAACGGAUGAUGAAGCAAAAGUUUUGACGGAUUGGAGUCCUCUUGAGUUCCAUCGGCAAAAUGCCAUUUUUGAGCUCUUCUUGCUUCUUCGGAAGUUCCGCUUGAACUUGAAAAGAAUGGUGGUUCAUUACGGACCUGCUUUCAAAGUCGCCAAGAACCUGACCCCAGACCAGGACGCAGAUUACCAGAAGACGUUUGUUCCAAUUGAUGCACUGUACGCAUACCUGGAGAAACUGGUUAACAAACGGCUGAAACCUGCGUUCGAUAACCAUUUCUUCGUGAACGAUAGAUACGUUUUGGAGUGCUGGAAGAACUGGCUGGUCAAGCUGGAGCGCGACUACGAAUACAUCUCGCGUAGUAUGGUGUAUUUGGCGAAAUUGGCAGCCAACGAACAGUUCAGAGACUGGAUCAGAACAACAGAAGAGACAGAUGAGCUCGCCUAUGGAAACAACUACUUGGCUUCUGCCAGAGAACUGUUUCAUUCGUACUUUCUCCAGGUGUUUGCUCCAAUGAGACUAAUGAUGCUGGACCUGAAGAAACUGUACAUCAAACUUGAGGAUGAGACUUUAACCAUGUUGGCCCAGGAGAUUUUCGAUUUGCUCAAUAGAAUCAACAAGAUUGGCGAUUAUACAACCGAUCUGGAUAAGAAGAUUGAACUCAACAAAAAACUGGUUUGCACAGACUAUCUUUAUUUGGAGAUGGUGGAUCUGUUCAAUAAACACCGUCGUUUGAGAGUUCCUAUAGAUAUCCACUUGUUGACGGCGAUUUCGUCAGACCGUGCGGUUUUGUAUCUCUUGGAUAACUAUCUGCUUCCACUGGUUAAAAGAGACCAUAAAGAUGCUGUUUACUUGCUGAACAAACCUCCUGUUGCUCUGCAAUACCUAGGCUAUUCCGUUUUGGAAGAAGAGUCGGGAAAGACAUUGAUACUCAAGGACUCUGGAAAUGGACACACCUAUCAUAUCAGAAGCGAGCGUGUGGAUGCUCCUACGCUUCUAAACCAUUUUGUCAAGGACAUUCCAAAGUAUAAAGACGAUUUGUUCGAACGGUUGAGCAAGAACUACGAACUCAAACUGGUCAACGGAACUUCGUUCCAAUUGCCAACACCUUUUUAUGAAUACCCUGUUGCGCCAAUUGAGAGGGAGCAGUUUGACAUGGUCCAUCGAGCCGUUUCCAAGUCCAAGUUCCAGCCUAAUUCGGUCGCACCAUUAGCUUCGACUUCUGUCACUUGUGUUGACACUGUUCAUAAUAAAAGGGAGCUCUUUUUCAUUGCUGGGACUUCUGAUGGACUUUACAUGGGAAAAGCUGACCAGCCAUCUACAUGGAAGAAAAUAUGCACCCAUACUGACGUUAUUGGACUCAAAGUUCUUCAUGACAAAGUGUGCUUUAUUCUGAUUAGGGAUAAGCUCUACAGAAUAAGCACUGCUGCUCUCGUCGAAAGCUACACCGACGAGCGCGCCUGCAACGCCAAAAUGGAACAGAUCGCCAAAGGUGUGAACUCGUUUGUGAUUGGCCCCCAGUCUAUCAGAAAGGGUCCGGUGGUAAUGGAGUGCGAGAUUCUAUUCUGCUGGACCGACAAGAAAAUUAUGUUUUCCAUUGUGACUACAGCAAGCGACCAGAAAUUGAAGUUUGAGUCUAUGAAACCGACGUUUAAAGUUCUUGGAAUCCACCUGCUUUAUCCAACGGAUUUCGUCAUUUGUCAUGUGAACGAAAACAAUCCUAUAUUCUAUCUCUCAAAUCUCAACACUAUGGGUAAUACCCAAUUGAACAAGACAGACCACCAGAAGGAUCUGAAGUCGAGAAUACGUGGCCAGCGGCCAAUUGGAGCAUUCAAGCUGUUUUUGAAUGACACUCUAACGGAUUACGACCUGCUACUGGUGUACACUAGAUAUUGCAUGUUUGUGAGAUACACCAAAGAGCAGGUUAUCUCAAGUUCGCGGACGGAGAUUUUGAGGUUUGACUUUGACGUUCACGAUGCCACGUUUGACAGCUACGAGCAGAUUCUGGUUCUUUGUGGAGAGCAGAACGUUGAGGUGUGGAAGAUCUUCAAAGACCGUCAGAUCAAGUCUGAGCUUGUUGGAUGUUUCAUUGGGCCAGGGGCCAAGAUCUUGAACAAGACUCCGGGAAAAACGAUGAUCGGCGUGUUGAGCAACGAGCAGCAGUUUGACAAGGCCACACAACUGAUUCUGCACUUGCGCAAGCGCAAGUAG